AUGGGAAUAGCGAAUCAGGCUCAGCUCUCGUCCAAUUCUCCGAUCGUCACCCCUAAUUCUCAUCACAAGCAGUACAAUUCCAAUUCUAUGUCACAGGAUUACCACCACCACCACCAGGGCACCGACGGAAGCGGAGAUGGAGGAGGAGGAGGAGGCGGAGGUUUCUUCUCUUUCUCUGCUUCCAACGGAUUCGACAGAGUUCAAGAGCAGCAGCAGCAACACAUGGCGCAGCAGAUGAGGAGAGAUAAGCUUCGAGUUCAAGCCGAGUAUCCUCCGCCGUCGCUGGUUGGAAUCGACGGGGAGGAGGAGGAAUCCGCCGCGGAAGGAGGGUUUCAUCACCAUCAACAACCGCCGCAACAGGUGUGCGAAACGACGGGGAUGUUGUCCGAGAUGUUCAAUUUCGCUCCCAACGGUGGCGGACCGCCCGUCCCCACCGCGGUCGACCUGCUAGACCACCACCAUCCCGCCGCCAACGACUGGUACAGCGCCGGUGGAGAUUCUUCUUCGAAGGAAAAUCAUCAUCAUCAUCAUCACCACAACAAUCAGAGUCACAACCGCAACGACGACCACGACGGCACCGAUUUCCACCACCACCACCACCAGAUUCCGUCCACAAUUAACGCGGAUUCGGCGGCGGCCGCGGCCGCCAUGCAGCUAUUCCUCUCCAAUCCGCCGCCGCGAUCCCCGUCUCCAUCCCAACCACCACCACCACCAUCCACUCUCCACAUGCUCCUCCCGGACGGCUACGCGCCGCCCUCAAUUCAAACCCACCCCACGCAAUUCUCGUGGGUGCCAGACUCCAACCCCUCCGAAAUUAGCGGCGUGGUGGAAGGACAGGGGCUCUCCCUCUCCUUAUCCUCGUCGCUACAGCACCUGGAAGCCGCCAAGGCGGAGGAAUUGCGAAUCGGCGACGGAGGCGGAUUGCUAUACUACAAUCACCACCAUUCUGCCAUCCCCUCCGCCUCUUCCUCCGCCGCCGCCGCUCACUACUACAAAACCAUCGGCCACCACCACCACCAGCAGCAACAGCAGCAACAAGCAUUGCAUCUCCAUCAGCAGAAUCAGGUGAGUCAAAUCGGUGGGUUCGGCUCCGGUAUAGGGGUGGUAAACGUGCUGCGUAGCUCGAAGUACGUCAAGGCGGCGGCGGAAUUGCUGGAGGAAUUCUGCAGCGUCGGGAGAGGGCAGUUCAAGAAGAUCAAAUUGUCCAGGCUCAAUUCCAACAACAGCACCAACAACGGCGGUGGUGGUUCGUCGAGCACUCCGACGACCAAGGAAUCGCCGGCUCCCCCUCCGCCGUUGUCGUCUUCCGAUCGGAUGGAGCAUCAGAGGCGGAAGGUCAAACUCGUCUCCAUGCUUGAUGAGGUGGACAGAAGGUACAACCACUACUGCGAGCAGAUGCAGAUGGUGGUGAACUCGUUCGACCUGGUGAUGGGUUUCGGGGCCGCGGUCCCGUACACGGCCCUAGCCCAGAAGGCCAUGUCGCGUCACUUCAGGUGCCUGAAGGACGCGAUCGCGGCCCAGCUCAGGCAGACCUGCGAGCUGCUGGGUGAAAAAGACGCCGCCGCCGGUGGUGCCGGGGCGGCGGGCGGGAUCACGAGAGGCGAAACGCCGCGGCUGAGGGCGCUGGAGCAGAGCCUGAGGCAGCAGCGUGCGUUCCACCAGAUGGGGAUGAUGGAGCAGGAAGCGUGGCGGCCGCAGAGAGGGUUGCCGGAGCGAUCCGUCAACAUCCUCCGAGCCUGGCUCUUCGAGCACUUCCUUCACCCGUAUCCAAGCGACGCAGAUAAGCAUCUGUUGGCUCGACAGACUGGUUUAUCGAGAAAUCAGGUAUCCAAUUGGUUCAUCAAUGCAAGAGUCCGGCUGUGGAAACCGAUGAUUGAAGAGAUGUACCAGCAAGAGUCCAAGGAGGACGAUGACGUGGCGGACACAAGUCAAGAUCAGGAAACAGUCCUCCCAACCACGACACAAUCUUCUGCGCCGAUCACCCCUACUUCCGCCGCCGCAACGUCCAAUAUAUCAUCCUCCGCCGCGGCCGCCACAACGACCCCGUCGGCGGUGAAAAGAUUACCCGAAAUCCCCGACGAAAACGACGACGUCCCUCCAUCUUCAUCAUCCCUCGCCGCCAUGAAUAACAGACAGCAGCAGUACUUCUCCGAAAGCCAAGCCGCCGCCAUGAUCAUGUCUUCCUCCGCCGUCGACGGGGCGCCGCCGCCGCCUGCUUUCCACGAGUACGCCAACUACGGUGCUGGUGGGAUGACCAUGGGUGGUGAUAAUGAGAACUUCGGGCCUGCUGACGUAGCGGGUAAUACCCUAAUAAGGUACGGGACCACCGGAGCAACCGCCGCCGGCGGAGACGUGUCUCUCACGCUCGGUCUCCGGCACGCCGGGAACGUGCCGGAGAAGGCCUCCUCCGCGUUCUCGAUUCGAGACUUUGGAGACUGCUAG